GUGAUCGUCUAAAGUCGUACCGCUAGUGGUCGAAGGAUAUUGCCAUCAUGGGGAAGUGAGCCCGUUAGGCAAUACAAGAUGGAAACCGAUCUAUCUCUCUGACUUGAAAGGGAGCCCAUGCCCUCGCUCUUGAACCCGAAAGAUGGACGACUUUACACGUUGUAGGACUACAUCGUCUUCCCUACAGGAUCUAUCAUCCACGUCGGAUCUUGCACUACCCCACGGGAAAGGCAGCAGCAAGGAUGCGGGUCGCGAUAAUAGGCGCAGGUCCUUCCGGCCUCGUGACGCUCAAGUAUCUUUUGGCUGCGGAGAAGGCUUUAGGGGCAGAACCUAUUGAAACUCGUCUCUUUGAAUCUGAGGCUGGAGUAGGGGGGACGUUUCUUGCAAGAACGUAUGAGGAUGCUGAGCUAGUGUCAUCAAGGCAAUUGACCUGUUUCUCUGAUUUUCGAUGCGGAGAUGAUGAACCAGAUUUCCUCAGCGCAAAGCGUUAUGUGGAGUACCUCAACGAAUACUGUACACAUUUCAACCUAUGGCCACACAUGACCUUUUCAUGCCAAGUGAAGAACACGGAGAAGCGAAAGGAGGGCGGUUACACCGUGGCAUAUCUGCUUAAAGGAGAACAACACAUGUGGGAAUGUGACGCAGUAGCCGUUUGCUCGGGUCUACAUGUCGAACCAAGUAUCCCCAAGAUUGAAGGCAUUGAGAAAGUGCCCCUAGUGCUUCAUUCUUCCAAGCUAAAGACAAGAGAUCAAUUCGGAACUGGAAAGACUGUGCUGGUGUUAGGCGGUGGUGAGACCGGAGCUGAUGUCUCACUCCUUGCCGUCACUUCACCGACGAAGCGAGUCGUGAUGUGCCAUAGAAACGGCUUUCACAUUGCACCAAAGAGAAAUCCAAAUCCGCAAUUGGUUUUUCUCCGGCGACCAAGUCCGCUCGCCCGCCCUCAAGUCCCCAUCGAUGUAUCCCGAGCCAGCCUCUUCGAUACCGCAUACGUGCACCCCUGGCUCAGGAAUAGCAAUCUUCUAUGGAAUUACUACGAUUGCUACGUCAAGUCAAUUCUUUGGACAUCAUGGGGCACCACCGACGGGUCGGACCAGUGGAUCGGGGGAAAGCCUAAGGGGUGGUCUACAUCCGAGAUAUUCUUCAAUAAAUCCGGGUACAAGCUCUCUCCCUACUUCAACGCAGCCUGGAAACCCCAAAGACCACAAAGCAUAGCAGAGCGCAUCCGCUCCAUGCUAAUCCAAACUCCCGACACCAUCCCACUCACCCGUGGCCGCGAAGUCGACCUCGCGCCCUGGCCAUCUCGUAUUAACCCCGACGGCACCGUGGUCUUCCAAAAUAACGGAAGGCCGGAGUAUUUACGCAUCAAGGACCAGAUCAUCAAACCCGACAUCGUCGUCUUCUGCACGGGAUACACAUACGAAUUUCCCUUCCUACCCGGGGAACAGCACAAUCCGCGGUCCUUCGAGGGUCGGCUGGUCCGUUCAAUAUGGCCGCGCGACGAGCCCACCUUGGGCUUCGUCGGUUUCGUGCGGCCGAAUUUAGGCGCCAUACCACCACUUGCCGAAUUCCAAGCCCAACUUUGGGUGCUCAAUUUACUAGCUCCCGGGCGGGUUGGUGGUGGGGCGCCGUUGAGGCUGGAAGAUGAAGGUCAUUAUAAACUUAAGGUAAAAUCAAAUGCGCGAAUCCGAUAUGGUGUUGACCAUGAGAGUUACGCAUACCAACUUGCUAUGGAUAUGGGGGCUGCGCCGUCGUUUGGAGAUAUCAUGCGUAUUGGCUUCUCAGCUUCGUUGCCUUCCCCUUUUAAGAGGAAACUCCAAAAUGGUAGAGAUGACAAUGCUAACAACAGCAAUGGCGGGUACUGGUAUAAAUUACCUCUCACAUGGGCGCUCAGCGCUAAUUUCAACACCAAGUUCCGGUUACUCGGACCAUGGCAGUGGGACGGGGCGCUCGAGCUCAUGAGCACAGAGCUCUGGAAUACGGUCGCACGGAGGCAACUAUUUUUCGGUCAUUUCACGCUUUCUGUCAUACCAAUGUUUGUUUUCGGGCCUAUCAGCCUUAUUGUGUUUCUUUACGCCACUUUGUAUCAGUUUGUUCAACGUAUAGGCUUAUUAGGACAGAGUAGGUAGCUUGCUACUACGCCGAGCUGCAGUUCAUGAUAUAGGAUAUUUACGCUUUCAAGUUAUAAAAUAUGUAUUGUGGUGGGUGUCAGUACACUUUCUUAGGGCAUUGAAGCUAUUGUGGACCGUUUGGAAUAUUAAAAAAAGGGGGUCGUGGGGAGUGGAAUAAAAAAACCUCGCUUAAA